CUGGCUGCAAACGCGGUACCACGACGCUGCGUGGGCCGAAAUGGAUGUGGCCCGAGUCGCACGUGAUCCCUCACCUUCGUGACUCGCUAGCUAAUAACGCAAGCGUAACGCAUGGUCGCUGCGUAGAUUCGGCCCUGCGUUCACGAUCCGCACGGGUCGGAAGAAGGCGAACCGUUCACAAAUCAUGCGGCCGUAUGCAAAUACGAGGAUUUGCCUAGAGGGGACAGACGUCUCGAGGCAGCGCCGUGAAUCAAGGCGCACGCCAUCAAAAGGAUUCCCGCUUACCCCCUACGUUUGAAGGCCGGAAAUUGAAGAUGGCUGCGAAGACGGCUCACUGCGGGUCUGCGGCGAAGUUUCUGAGUUUCUACUCGCGGUACGAAGCUAUCACCACCUCAGGUGCCGAAAAUCGGCAAACUAAUCGGAUCACGAAAGGUAGAGGGUUAGCUGUGUCGAGUGCGUCACUUACACUCGGACGACACCAAACGUCGAGUUCGAGAGGCGGCUUGACUCGACGCUGGCUGGAACGGUAGCCAUGGCCGACAGGAUGUCGCUGCUGCUUGCCGCCAUGUUGGUCUCCUCUGCUGCCGCGAUUGAGACCGGAAAUAGGAAAGUUAUUCGAUGCUUCUGGGGCAAGUGUAGUGUGAUCCACGGGCCCUGGAAGAAGUGCGUGCCGAACGAGCAGUGCGACGGCAGCGAGUUGCGCUGCGAGCGACAGUGCAUCCUGGAGCACACGGGCUGCCCGCCGAAGCACACACCGGGCUCGUGCCACAAGGACCUGUUCGCGUGGAAGUGCUCGACGCAGCACACUUGCCCCCAAGGAAGGCGCUCUGCCCGCUGCCACAAAACCUGCCUGCCGCGCGAUGCCCGCCGCCGUUAUGGGCACCAUAACAGCUUCCUCAGCCACAUCCCUUUCAUCAGCGAGUUCUUCCAAUAAAAAACA